UAACACAUGUCUCACUAUCAAAACACAAAACAAUAGUAACAAAAUGUCAAAAACCAAGAUUCUAUUAGCGCUCCUAUUUUCCUCACACUUCCUCCUCUCCGCCGCCGCCUCAACUCCAAACCCUAACGCCGCCACCGGCUUCAUCGAAGCCGAAUGCCGCGCCACUCACUACCCCUCCCUCUGCAUCCAAUCCCUCUCCGCCUUCUCCAAAGCCGUCCAAAAAAGCCCCAAGCAGCUCGCCCGGGCCGCCCUCUCGGUAGGCCUGUCGCGCGCCCAAUCCAGCUCGGACUUCGUCUCCAAGGCGGCUCUCGUAAGAGGCCUGAAGCCAAUGGAGCGCCGUGCCAUCCAAGACUGUGCCGACAACAUGGCCGGCGCGGUCGACCAGCUCAGCCUCUCCGCGAAGGAGCUCGGCAGGAUCGGGUCGGAGAAGCUGAGCUGGCACCAGAGCAACGUCGAGUCGUGGAUCGGGGCUGCGAUGACCUUCCAGCAGACGUGCCUCGACGGAUUCUCGGCGCCUUUUAUGGCUGGAGAUGUGAAGAUUUCUGUGAUGAAAAGGGUCAUGGAUUGUAAGCAGGUCACCAGCAACGCGCUUGUGUUGAUCCAUCGCUAUGCUGCGGCAAAGCGUAAACAUGGCUAAGACUGCAUACUUAAUUUUCCAAAGGCGCAAAAACGAAGUUGUCUAUAAAUGAUUAAUUAUGCCCUGUUUUUAGCUGUGAUGUUUCUUGUUUGUGUAUAUUAUCAUCGUCGCUUUCGUUUUUGUUUGCUUCAGUUUUGUAGUAUGGUAGAUUUAUGUAUUAAUUUCUGUAAUAAUUUACCUUAAUAAGUCGUUGACUAUAUGUCUGAAGGAA